GAAAAUCUGACAGCACCACAUUGCACGAUAACAGCUGUGCAAAAGGUGACACCUCGAAACGUGUCAAUUGAUAUUUACAAAGAAUAAAGGAAUUUAUUUUUGCUAUUUGUGGAAAAAAUUUAUUUAUUUAUUUAUUGGCUAGGAAACAUAAAACUACAACAAUGAAAACACGCUUUAAUACCUAUGACAUUAUUUGCGGUGUCACUGAAUUGCAGUGUUUGGUUGGACAACGCGUUAAUCAAAUUUAUGAUAUCGACAAUAAAACAUAUUUGAUACGAUUUCAAGGCGGUGAAAGUAAAACAGUACUUUUAAUAGAAUCGGGUAUACGUUUCCAUACAACCGUCUUCGAAUGGCCAAAAAAUAUGGCGCCUUCUGGCUUCAGCAUGAAGCUGAGGAAGCAUCUGAAAAACAAACGAUUAGAAAAAUUGGAACAACUUGGAAUGGAUCGUAUAAUAAAUUUACAGUUCGGCACAGGCGAAGCUGCACAUCACGUAAUCGUUGAACUAUAUGAUAGAGGAAACAUUAUACUCACUGAUAAUGAACUUACAAUCCUAUACAUUUUACGUCCCCACUAUGAAGGUGAAGAAGUGCGUUUUGCUGUACGUGAAAAAUAUCCAUCCAAUCGUGCAAAAGAACAAUCUAAUGAAUUAACAUCAAAUGAUGUACGGAACUUGAUAGAGUCGGCUAGGCCUGGAGACAAUUUGCGCCGGUUGCUAAUGCCAAAAGUAGAUUUUGGUCCUGCAGUGAUUGAUCACGUACUAUAUAAAUAUAAACUGCAUAAUUGCGUGAUCGAAAAGAAAGAAGAACCUACUCCAGCUGAACCAGAAACUCAACAAACUGGUAAUGGCACUGGAAAGAAAUCUAAGAAACAAAAGAAAAAGGAAAUCAAAACAACAAAUACUCGGAACUUUGAUAUUUCAACUGAUUUGCCUGUUCUUGUACAAGCUAUACAGGAAGCUAACAUGAUAUUCAGCGAUGGACGGAAUGCUGUGUCGCGUGGUUAUAUUAUACAAAAACGUGAAGAAAAACCUAGUGCUGAAGAUGAGUCGAAAGAGGAUUUUUAUCAAAAUAUUGAGUAUCAUCCUUAUUUAUUUGCACAAUUUGAAGGGCAACCAAAAAAAGAAUUUGGCACCUUUAUGCUGGCUGUAGAUGAAUUUUAUUCUACAAUGGAAGCACAGAAAAUCGAUCUAAAAACUCUACAACAAGAGCGCGAUGCUUUAAAAAAGUUGUCAAAUGUAAAAAAUGAUCAUGCUAAGCGUAUUGAAAGCCUAACAAAAUCGCAAGAAGUCGAUAAACAAAAAGCUGAAUUGAUAACAUGCAAUCAAGAGUUGGUCGAUCACGCCAUAUCAGCCGUACAAUCACUUAUUGCAUCCCAAAUGUCAUGGGAAGAUAUAGAAAAGGUGGUGAAAGAGGCUCAAGCUGAUGAUGAUCCAAUUGCUGGAUCAAUAAAAAAAUUAAAAUUAGAAAUCAAUCAUAUAUCAUUACUACUCUCAGAUCCGUACAGAAACCUUCAUGAUGAUGACUCCGAUGAAUCUAAUAGUAAUGAUGCUUCGGAUGGCUUGCCAACAAUGGUUGUCGAUGUAGAUUUGGCGUUAUCAGCAUGGGCGAAUGCACGAAAGUUUUACGACUUGAAACGCUAUGCUGCAAAGAAAGAACAAAAAACCAUUGAUGCUUCACAAAAAGCUUUGAAAUCUGCUGAACGAAAGACGCAACAAACUCUAAAAGAAGUCCGUAUAAUAUCAACAAUAUCAAAAGCUCGAAAAGUCUAUUGGUUCGAAAAAUUUUAUUGGUUUAUUAGCUCAGAAAAUUAUUUAGUUAUUGGUGGCAGAGAUGCGCAGCAAAAUGAAUUGAUUGUCAAACGAUACAUGCGCGCUACAGAUAUUUACGUACACGCUGAAAUUCAAGGUGCCUCAAGUGUCGUAAUAAGAAAUCCCGCAGGCGGCGAGGUACCACCUAAAACGUUAUUAGAAGCUGGUACCAUGGCUAUAUCAUACAGUGUGGCGUGGGAUGCCAAAGUUGUGACAAACGCCUACUGGGUGCGUAGUGAUCAAGUGACUAAGACAGCACCUUCCGGUGAAUACCUUGGAACGGGUAGUUUCAUGAUACGUGGCAAAAAAAACUUCCUACCAUCCUGUCAUUUGAUAAUGGGUUUAAGUCUGCUUUUUAAAUUAGAAGAUAGUUUCGUAGAACGGCAUCGCGGUGAGCGCAAAUUGCGCACAUUCGAAGAAGAGCAGCAGGAAUUGGAAGAGCAAGAGCAACGCAUGAAGCAGUUGGGUAUAGGUGAAGACGUGGAAAUCGACUUAGAUGAAGAUGCUGAAACAAGUGAGAAAUCCAAAGACGAGUCCAACACUAAGCCAUUGGAAAAAGUAGACGAAGAUGAUGAAGAUACAGACGCAUCCGAUAGCGGCACCAACUUUCCAGACACGCAAGUAAAAAUCGAACACGAUACUGGCCGUAUAACGGUACGCACAGAUUCAGUUACUGAAGCUAAUGUGGCAACAAAACAAAAGGAUAAAAAAAUCGAUUUCGAGGAAGAGGAGGAAGCAACUAUUAUACCAGCGGCACCAGCGCGUAAAAAGCAACAGCAAAAUGCCAAAAAACGCAAAGAGGAGAAAGAACGUAAAACCCAACAAGAGUUGAGGCAGCAACAACAGAAUGCGGCUGAAAAAGAGGCCAAGAAUUCUACGGGUAUGAAACGUGGUCAACGUGGCAAGCUAAAGAAAAUGAAAGCCAAAUACAAGGAUCAAGAUGAGGAAGAGCGAGAAUUACGUAUGAUGCUAUUGAAAUCUGCGGGUAAAGAUAAAAUUGAUUUAGCCGACAAAAAGGCCGAAGACGAAGCGAGAGUGCAAAACACGCAAAGGGAAAAGAGAAAUUAUGAGCGUAAAGAGGAAGCUGCUAACCUAGCUGCUGACAUGGAUGAUGGUGAUGAUAUGCCAACUGGCGCCGAUGUGGCCAUGUUAGACGCACUCACUGGUCAGCCUUUGGAAGGCGAUGAGUUACUGUUUGUUAUACCUGUGGUAGCGCCUUAUCAAGCAUUGCAGAAUUACAAAUACCGAGUAAAAUUGACUCCUGGCACUGGCAAACGUGGCCGAGCGGCCAAAACUGCGCUAACUAUGUUCUCCAAAGAUAAAAAUUGUGGCCCACGCGAAAAGGAUUUACUUAAAAGCAUUAAAGAAGAAUCGCUGGCUAGAAAUAUACCUGGAAAGGUAAAGUUAUCAGCACCACAGCUACAGAAAUUCAAAAAGUAGCCCGCGGGCCAUUAAGUGUGGUCGCUUGUAAAUAACGAUUUAAUUAUAGCGGCUGCUAAGGUGAUACUAAAGUCUUUGCAAUAAAAGCAAUUAGAAAAAAUGUUAUUUAAAAAGCGAUAUUAAAUGUUUAAUGCUUGCUUAAUAGUAUUCUAACGGUUUUCUGGUUUCUCUAUUAGCCUCUUCCCAAAUAUAUCAAUCCAUAAAUAUAUUUAUCUAUUAAAUAAAUGAAAAAAAAAAAAUA